AUGUUGAGAAGACGAGCAGAUGCGGAAAGAAGUCCUGACUAUUCCGGUGUAAUCAACAAAUUCGAGAAGCUAAUUCACUCUUCUGAUACACCUCGUCAUCUUAGCAGUUAUUACUCCGUCAAAUUGGCAAGGUUCCAUUUGAAAACCCGGAAUGAUCGUCGACUGGCUGAAAAGAUCAUACGAAGAGCUUUAGAAAGAGAUCGAGAUAAUAUUCAACUUCUGUUGCAACUCAUCGACCUUGCAUUCACAAACCCGGAAUUCUCGCAGACAGCCGUGAUCGAGGCAUUCGACUUCGCAAUAAAAUCAAACAUUUCCGAUGCUGACAAAUUGCAGUUCAGUCAGAGGAAGUUGGACUUCCUCGAAGAUCUCUCUUACGAUAUCGAUGUAUUACAAGAGCAUCAAGACGCUCAUGUUGCCUUAUUGGCUGAGAUGGAAAAUCCACCAACCACAACACGAAAGCGAAGGUAUAACGGCAGAGACGAGUCAAGAUAUUUCAAUGACAGAGAUCGCGAUGUGCCUUCUCGAAGAAGCCGAUAUUCGGAUCAUCGCGAUUCCUACCGUGACAGUCACCGCGGAAUGCGCGACGGUACCGGGUACUAUGUGUCAUCAAGC